CCCAACUCCUUCUUGUUAUCUAUUUCUUAACUCUGAACUAUUCCUAUUCCAGGGCAGCUCAGAUUCUGCAGGGGACUGGGAACAGGUCCCCCCACCAUCUUUCUCAUACCACCCAGGGAGCUAUUCCUCAGAGAAGUCAGGUGGGGAAAUGAGAACACAAUGUCCUCUUGAGGGGGCUGGAUAGGACCCCAAAUCUCCCCUUCCUCGCCCCCGCCUGCUCCAGGGGACACCGUCUCAGCAGUGUCUGUGUACCGCAGAGGAAGAAAGAGCUCACCGCAGCUGGGCUCCUGAGCUAGGGCUGGGGCUCCUGUGAAACCCGCUGUGCACUCUGGCUCUGAGCAAGUUCAUCCUGCGUGCCUAAUCGGCUAUUUAAGGAGCUGUUCACCAGCAGCCCAGGCAGCCCCCGCUCCCCACGUACACCCGUCCAGAGCCACCUUAAAAGCAGGAGGCAGUUGUGAAGUCGCUGGCCAGCAAGUGGAGUGGAGACUGCAGAGGGAGAAAAAGAGGGCAGAGAGAGGCGCAGCAAGUAAUUUGUCCUGGGGACCCAGAAAUCCAUGGAACCCUACUGAAAACCAAAUCCUCUGGGAGCCAGCAGAGACACAAGAGACAGCAAGAGAAAAAGAGAUAAAUACACUCAACACAAGGAUUCUCCUCUUUCUCUCUCUCUCUCUCUGUCUGCCCUAGUCCUCUAGUCCCCAAACUCCCAGUUCCCUGUGCCCCUUUCUGGGAUACCAUGUUGUUCUUCGCCCUCCUGCUAGAGGUGACUUGGAUCCUGGCUGCAGAUGGGGGUCAGCACUGGACGUAUGAGGGCCCACAUGGUCAGGACCAUUGGCCAGCCUCCUAUCCUGAAUGUGGAAGCAAUGCCCAGUCCCCCAUCGAUAUCCAGACAGACAGUGUAACAUUUGACCCUGAGUUGCCUGCUCUGCUGCCCCAUGGAUAUGAUCAGCCUGGCAUCAAGCCUUUGGACCUGCACAAUAACGGCCACACAGUGCAACUCUCUCUGCCCCCUACCCUGUAUUUGAGCGGACUUCCCAGAAAAUAUGUAGCUGCCCAGCUCCACCUGCACUGGGGUCAGAAAGGAUCCCCAGGGGGGUCAGAGCACCAGAUCAACAGUGAAGCCACAGCUGCAGAGCUCCACAUCGUACAUUAUGACUCGGAUUCCUAUGAUAGUCUGAGUGAAGCUGCUCAGAGGCCUCAGGGCCUGGCUGUCCUGGGCAUCCUAAUUGAGGUGGGUGAGACUAAGAAUCCAGCUUAUGAACACAUUCUGAGUCACUUGCAUGAAAUCAGGCAUGAAGAUCAGAAGACCUCAGUGCCUCCCUUCAACGUGAGAGAGCUGCUCCCACCACAGCUAGGGCAGUUCUUCCGUUACAAUGGCUCACUCACAACUCCCCCCUGCUACCAGAGUGUCCUCUGGACAGUCUUCAAUCAAAGGGCCCAGAUUUCAAUGGGACAGCUGGAAAAGCUUCAGGAGACAUUGUUCUCCACAGAAGAGCCCUCUAAGCUUCUGGUACAGAACUACCGAGCCCCCCAGCCUCUCAAUCAGAGAACAGUCUUUGCUUCUUUCAUCCAAGUGGGAUCCUUGUAUACCACAGGUGAAAUGCUGAGUCUAGGUGUGGGCAUCUUGGUUGGCUGUCUCUGCCUUCUGCUGGCUGUUUAUUUCAUUGCUAGAAAGAUUCGGAAGAAGAGGCUGGGAAACCGGAAGAGUGUGGUUUUCACCUCAGCACGAGUCUCCACUGAGGCAUAGACUCCCUCUUAGAUAUUGUGGAUGCCUUCCCCUCAUGCCUAUCAGGAAGCCUCUAAGAUGGGGUGCAAGGACUGGCUAGAAAAUACUGUAGCAGUAGCAGGCAGACACCCCUUCUUCCUCUGGAUAUCCCCUACAGAGAGGUAUGGACCCACGCUCUUGUUCAAGGGAGCACAGCAGAGCCUUCAGUUUCUCAAAAUAUGCAGGAGAAAAUCAGGAGAUCCCUGUGUUGUUAAUGCAGAGAAUAAAUUGUGUUUAGUUGUAGGGGAUGUUGGGAUGAGCCCCGAAGUCUCCUAUUCCCUUACCUUUAUGUCACUUUUCCUGGAUAUAUUGCAGGAUUUACCCUUAGGAAAAGGGGGUUAUAUAUUUUUGCUCAAUAUAUUGGAAAUUAAAGUUUCUGACUUUAA